UGUCUCACACACACCACACACACACACAGAGAAAGUGCGACACAUGGACAGCAGUAUUGAGAGAUUGUUCAGAUGAUCCACAGUUGCGUGAAGGGAAGCAGUAAAAGCAGACUAGAAACACAUUUACACACAUUUCAGACUUUUGGUCAGUGUUGCUCGGUCAGUUUUCACGUUGACAGAUGAGCUGGGGCGUAGCAGGUCUGGUCUGAAGCCGAUAUGACUCUGCAGGACUGCGCAGGGGCCAGAAUCUCUGGCUGCUGGUCCCUGAGGUCUGACCGCAGUGGGAGCGGGGAGGACUCGUUAGACCGGCUCCUGCCCCCCCCGGGGGCCCCUCGCAGGAAGAGCACCUCACUGAAUACAACUGAUCCUCCUCUGCUCCGCACAGGCACACGCACCGUCUACACCGCCGGACGACCUCCCUGGUAUGACGAGCACGGAGCCCAGUCAAAAGAGGCCUUUGUCAUCGGGUUGUGUGGGGGCAGCGCCUCAGGGAAGACCACCGUGGCCAAUAAGAUCAUCGAGGCUCUGGAUGUGCCGUGGGUUGUGCUGUUGUCUAUGGAUUCUUUCUACAAGGUUUUAUCCUCAGAGGAGCAGACUCUGGCAGCGAGUAACGACUACAACUUUGAUCAUCCGGGGGCUUUUGACUUUGAGCUGCUGGUUGCCACCCUGCGAAAGCUGAAGCAGGGCAGGAGUGUGAAGAUCCCUGUGUAUGAUUUCACCACACACGGAAGACAGAAAGACUGGAAAAAUGUGUACGGUGCCAGUGUAAUCAUAUUUGAAGGGAUUAUGUCUUUUGCAGACAAAGAGCUUCUUCAGCUCCUGGAUAUGAAAAUCUUUGUGGACACAGACUCAGACAUUCGGCUGGUGCGGCGUCUGCGCAGGGACAUCACAGAACGUGGACGGGACAUUGAAGGCGUCAUCAAGCAAUACAACAAGUUUGUGAAGCCGGCCUUUGAGCAGUACAUUGAGCCAACCAUGAGGCUGGCUGACAUUGUUGUGCCAAGAGGUGGUGGGAAUAUGGUGGCUAUUGAUCUGAUAGUGCAGCAUGUUCACAGCCAGCUGGAGGAACGUGAGCUCACUGUCAGGGCGCUCCUGGCCUCCGCUCAGCAGACUCAGCCGCUGCCGCGGACGCUCAGCGUGUUGGAGAGCACGCCGCAGGUCAGAGGCCUGCACACCAUCAUCAGGAAUAAAGAAACCAGUCGAGAUGAGUUCAUCUUCUACUCAAAGAGAUUAAUGCGUCUUCUCAUAGAACAUGCACUGACGUUUCUACCAUCUCAGCCGUCUGUAGUCCAGACUCCACAGGGCUAUGAGUACGAGGCCGCAGUUACAACGGGAGAGGGGUGAAUCACCGGUGUGUCGGUCCUGCGGGCGGGAGAGACCAUGGAGCCCGCCCUGAGGGCCGUGUGCAAGGACGUCCGCAUCGGCAAGAUCCUCAUCCAGACCAACAUUGACUCAGGCGAACCAGAGCUGCAUUACCUGCGUCUGCCCAAAGACAUCAGCGAAGAUCAUGUCAUUCUAAUGGACAGCACGGUCUCCACCGGAGCUGCUGCCAUGAUGGCAGUACGUGUCCUAUUGGAUCACGAGGUGCAGGAGGAGAAUAUCGCCUUGGUGUCGCUGUUGAUGGCGGAGCUCGGGGUUCACUCUGUGGCCUAUGCCUUCCCGAAGGUCAAAAUCAUCACCAGCGCUGUGGACAAGAGUCUGGACGACUUGUUACAUGUCAUUCCCGGUAUCGGGGACUUUGGGGACCGGUACUUCGGGACAGACGGGUCCGACAGCUGGAGUGACGAGGACCACGAGCAUCCGUCAUGCUGACACACAUCUGUGAGCCACUGUGAAAGAAAAUAUAAACAGUACUUGAAUACACCCGUUAUUGUGCAUCCUCCCCUCCAGACAUAGACCAGC